CGCCUGCGCGGACUGCGGCAGAAGGAGGGGUGUGAGAAGCUGAGUAUACUGAGACUAGCGUUCGCUGUUGGCCAGCACCUUCUUUCUUUUGCAUCAUCUCUGAUUUCAGCUUCAAUCGCGGGCCUGUCGGUGUCUGCUUCCACACUCCGGUCGACAGGACCUUGUCGCUGGUAAGCCAGAACUCGCGCCGUCGCAGCAGUGCAAAGGCCACUGCGCACAACAGCAGCAGCUGGGGUGAAAUGCAGGCCCCUAACGUCCCCGGUCUCCCCGCUGCUAUGCCAGGCCCAGACGUCCCCGAGGGUCCCAGCGAUCCCCAGAUCCUCCAGGGUCUCUGCGCUCCUGAGGGCCCAGGCACCUCCGUGCCAUCCACCCCUGGUGAGGGCCCAAGCACGUCUGUGCUGCCCGCUGCCUCUGAGGGCUCAUGCGCCUCUGGACCUCCUACAGUCUCCGAGGGGCCAAACAUCGACCUGUCGAUCGCCGCCUCUGAGCGCCCAAACAACCCUUUGCCGCCCACUGCCUCUGAAGGCUCGAGCGCCUCCGAGCAUCCCUCUGUCACUGAGGGGCUGAACACCUCUGAGUUGCCCCUCUCCAACGAGGGCCCGAGCUGUUUUGUGCCGCCCACCUCUGGUGAGGGACUGAGCACCUAUUUGCCACCCACCUCCGGUGAGGGCCCGAGCACCUCCGUGCCGCCUACCACCUCUGAGGGACUGAGCAUCUCCGCGCCGCCCACUUCCGGAGAGGAACUCAGUAUUCUCAUGCGGCCCACUGUCUCUGAGGGGCCAGGCAUCAACAUGCCACCCUUCUCCGGGCAAGGCCUCAGCACCUCUGUGCCCCCCACCCCCGAUGAGAGCCCGAGCACCUCGGUGUCUGACGCACCCGGCACCUCGGUGCUGCCGCCUUCUGAUGAAGGCCGGAGCAUCUUCACUCCGCCUACUCCUGAUGAGGGCCGGAGCACCUCCUUGGCGCUCACAGCUUUUGAGGAACCGGUCGCCUCUGUGCUGCUCCUUUCUGGCAACAGCUCCAAAAUCUCGGGGUUGCAGACCUCCGGGGAGGGCCCAAGCACCUCUCGGGUGUCCAGUGCUACUGAGGGACUUGGCUUAUCUGGGAUGCCCACUGCCUCUGAGAACCCUGGUGCAUUGUUGAGCUCCAGUGCAUCUGGGAGCCCGAACUCUUCCAAGUGCUCCGUUGCUUUGCCAAACCUUGGCGUUGCCAAGGCCUCCGCAGACUCUGAGGGUCCCAAAGGUGCAGAAGGCCCCGUGGAAUUCCAGGUCCUGAGAGACCAUAAGAACUCUAACUCCAUUACCAUUAUGGGUCUCAGCACCUCCCAGGUCGCCCUUACUCUGAAACCCCAGGACCCUAUGGAACAGAAUGUAGCUGAAUUGUUGCAGUUACUGCUGGUGAAGGAUCAGAGCAAGUACCCUAUACGGGAAUCUGAAAUGCGGCAACAUAUUGUUAAAGAAUAUCGCAACCAGUUUCCUGAGAUCCUCAGGCGAGUAGCAGCCCACUUGGAAUGUAUUUUUAGGUUUGAAUUGAGGGAACUCGACCCUGAGGAACGCACCUACAUUCUGCUCAACAAACUGGGACCUGUGCCCUUUGAAGGGUUAGAAGACAGCCCAAAUGGGCCAAAGAUGGGCCUCCUGAUGAUGAUCCUAGGAGAAAUAUUUUUGAAUGGCAACCAAGCUAAGGAGGCUGAGAUUUGGGAAAUGCUCUGGAGGAUGGGGGUGCAGCGAGAAAGAAGGCUUUCCAUUUUUGGGAACCCAAAGAGACUUUUAUCUGUAGAGUUUGUGUGGCAGCGUUACUUGGACUACAGGCCAAUAACUGACUGUACACCAGUGGAGUAUGAGUUUUUCUGGGGCCCACGAUCCCACCUCGAAACCACCAAGAUGAAAAUUCUGAAGUUCAUGGCUAAGAUCUAUAACAAAGAUCCUAUGGACUGGCCAGAGCAAUACAAUGAGGCUCUGGAGGAAGAUGCUAUCAGAGCUGCUGCUGAUGAUUGGCAGGCUGUCCCUCAGUUUAGAAGGCCCUUUUUUGAGGAAAUUCCUGCAGACUUAUUAUCUCCUGAUGCAGAGGUUUCUGGCUAUCCCUCAAAAUAUCCCCCACAUUCAUGGCCUGAGUCAAGAAUGGAGAGCAAAGCAAGGAAGCUGGUGCAGUUAUUUCUGCUCAUGGAUUCAACUAAGCUGCCUAUACCAAAGAAAGGAAUUCUGUACUACAUUGGCCGAGAGUGCAGCAAAGUGUUCCCUGACCUCCUGAAUCGUGCUGCUCGCACUCUGAACCACGUGUAUGGGACAGAACUAGUGGUACUUGAUCCCAGGAAUCACUCUUACACCCUGUACAACCGAAGGGAAAUGGAAGAUGCUGAAGAGAUCAUAGAUAGUCCAAAUAGGCCAGGCAACAACUUUUUGAUGCAGGUUCUAAGCUUCAUCUUUAUAAUGGGUAAUCAUGCUAGGGAGUCUGCAGUUUGGGCCUUUCUUCGAGGCUUAGGGGUUCAGACUGGAAGAAAGCAUGUGAUUACUUGUAGAUAUUUGAGUCAGCGCUACAUAGAUAGUUUACGAGUUCCUGAUAGCGAUCCAGUCCAAUAUGAGUUUGUUUGGGGCCCUAGAGCCCGCUUGGAAACCUCCAAGAUGAAAGCGCUGCGAUAUGUGGCCAGAAUCCAAAGAAAGGAGCCACAGGACUGGCCAGAGCAGUACAGGGAGGCAAUGGAGGAUGAGGCCAAUAGAGCCCAGGCAGGGCACAGGCAAAUCCUUAUUCACAAUGUCAGGUAGAGGAAUUUGUGGCAUCAGAGGCCUUGAUAGGCUGGGCCCUAGAGCCCUGAGUCUUAUGUUUUGGGGUGGGGGUCCAUAUUGUGUUUGAUAUUUGUGUUCCAGUUCCAUUUAUGUCUUUUCAUAUUUAGUUUCUGUUUGGUAUCAUGAAAAGUUUCAAUUGUUUUAAUAUACUGUCUGGUAAGGUAAAUGUGAUUGACCACUUGCUAUCUCUGUUGUAUUUUGGUAUAAGAGUUUCAAUAGUGUUGUAAUAUGCUUUGGGAAUCUUUCCAUCUCAUUGCAUUAUCUGGAAAAGAAUAUAUAGCAUAUAGCUAUAAAUAUAGGCUUUUUCUUGAAAGCUUGAAAAAAUUCACCAGUCUAGUGAUCUAGCUUCACAGAUGUUAAACAAACAAAAAGUAUAACAACUGAAAAAGGACUCUAAGUUGUGGCUGGCCUCCCUUUCUGUCUGCUUUUGUGUAAAGUAUACCAAUGUUUACCUGUAUUUGCUUUGCUGUAAU